UUUCUCGAGGAGGAUAGCAAGAAGCCUCUGGUUUUUAAAUGGUUAAUCUCCGCAGGUCACUACCAGCCACUGAGACCAACAAAGUCAUUUAAGGCUUCAAGCAGUAUUUGCACCAGAAGAUACAAGUUGUGUGUGAAAACAGAGAAGGACUAUGGCAUCAAACAGUCUGUUCAGCUCAGUGACACCAUGUCAGCAAAACUUCUUUUGGGAUCCCAGCACCAGCCGGAGGUUCAGCCCCCCCUCCAGCAGCCUGCAGCCCGGCAAGAUGAGCGAAGUGAGCCCGGUAGUAGCAGCCCAGCAGCAGCAGCAGCAGCAAGAGGCGGCGGCGGCCGUGCCCAGGCUGCGCCCCCACGAUAACCGCACCAUGGUGGAGAUCAUCGCCGAUCACCCCGCCGAGCUGGUCCGGACCGACAGCCCGAACUUCCUGUGCUCCGUGCUGCCCUCGCACUGGCGCUGCAACAAGACCCUCCCGGUGGCAUUCAAGGUGGUGGCUUUAGGAGAAGUACCUGAUGGGACCGUGGUCACCGUCAUGGCUGGAAAUGAUGAAAACUAUUCUGCAGAGCUGAGGAACGCCUCUGCUGUGAUGAAGAACCAAGUGGCCAGGUUUAAUGACCUAAGAUUUGUGGGCAGGAGUGGAAGAGGGAAGAGUUUUACCUUAACAAUAACUGUCCUUACGAACCCCCCACAAGUCGCUACAUACCACAGAGCUAUAAAGGUUACAGUGGAUGGACCAAGAGAGCCAAGGAGGCACAGACAGAAGCUUGAUGACUCUAAACCUAGUUUGUUCUCUGAACGCCUCAGUGAUUUAGGGCGCAUUCCUCAUCCCAGUAUGAGAGUAGGGGUCCCGACUCAGAGCCCACGGCCCUCUCUGAACUCUGCACCAAGUCCUUUUAAUCCACAAGGACAGAGUCAGAUUACAGACCCCAGACAGGCACAAUCAUCCCCUCCAUGGUCAUAUGACCAGUCUUACCCAUCCUACUUGAGCCAGAUGACUUCACCAUCCAUUCAUUCCACAACUCCCCUGUCCUCUUCACGAGGCACAGGCCUUCCUGCCAUCACCGAUGUGCCCAGACGCCUCUCAGGUGCUUCAGAGCUGGGCCCAUUUUCAGAUCCCAGGCAGUUCACAAGCAUUUCAUCCCUCACUGAGAGCCGCUUCUCCAACCCACGAAUGCACUAUCCAGCUACCUUUACCUAUACACCGCCAGUCACCUCAGGCAUGUCACUGGGUAUGUCAGCAACCACUCACUACCACACCUACUUACCACCGCCCUAUCCAGGCUCUUCCCAAAACCAAAGUGGACCAUUCCAGACCAGCAGCACUCCAUAUCUCUACUAUGGCACUUCAUCAGGAUCAUACCAGUUCCCCAUGGUGCCGGGAGGAGACCGCUCCCCUUCCAGAAUGCUUCCUCCCUGCACCACCACAUCAAACGGCAGCACACUAUUAAAUCCUAACUUGCCUAACCAGAAUGACGGUGUGGAGGCUGAUGGAAGCCACAGCAGCUCCCCAACUGUUUUGAAUUCUAGUGGCAGAAUGGAUGAGUCCGUUUGGAGGCCAUAUUGAAAUUUUCUCUGCGCAGCCCAAUCUCCGUGAGCCAAAAACAAAUGGUCGACAAACUACAAAGUGCCUGUUUUUUAAAUAGAUUUUACUGAUAUGUGCAACUAUUUAGAUGAGAUGGUAAUGGCCAUAAAUAACUCAAGAGUGACCAACCAAGCACAAUCCAUGUUUCAGAUUAUGUGGAUCAAAGCACAUAUUUUUCUUGGAAACAUUUUACACCUUGUUUUAUAUUUAAAGUGUACUUUUUACACACAAAAAUAACCCAAUAUUUUUUUUUGUCUAGACUGUUGUCAUAAAUAGUGAGUUCGUUUGCCAAUAAGGAGAAAACAGACUCCCCAGUUAUCAGGAAAAACAUGGUGAAGCAAGGCAAAGGUUGCGCUCCAUUUUAUUUUUUAAAAACCUUGAGCUCCAGAUACAGUUGCAAUCAUACAAUGUAUGGGACCCUGUUCACUCACAUAGUGCAAUUCAACUGGCUUGUAUUGGUGCACAUGAAAGGGAAAGCACAGAUCAAGUUGCUUCCAUUUUGCUAUAAUACAUUCAGAUCAUGGUAGAUGUUCAACAUUUCUAUCCAAGCCUUGUUGCACAUAAAAGUUGGAACUUUUCGGUUCAUUGCUUUUUUUUCUUUUUGGUACUUAAAGAGAAAGAGUCUUCAAGGUUCCAAUCUGAAUAGACAAUCUUGGGGUUUCCUCUUUGUUUUUCCUAUAAUUAUUUUUGCCUUUGUCCAAUUAACCAAAAAUAAACCCCAACCCUCCAAAAUUAAAGCAAAAUCUUAUUACUUAUGCAAAAAAUAAAAAUGGCAAUAUAUGAUUCUCAAGCCAAAAUGGUAUAGGUAGUACUUGUGUUUGGCUGUGGUUUUUUUUUCUUUUUAAAUUAUAAAUGUGUGAAAUUUGAAAUUAUUUGCUAACAUAAAUCAUCAUAUAACUUUAAAGAAAUAUUUAUAAUUAUUUAAUGACAUUUGGACCCUUUAAACGUCUCUUAAUGUAAUGCUAUGUUGACUUCGGUCUCUAAAAGUGGGUUGUUUUUUAAAAAAAUAAUUAAAUUUCUUCAGGGGUGUGAACCUCAGACCGGUACCUGAACUCUGAAAAACAGUUCCAGUGUGAGCUGGUUACAAUGUGAUUAACCCUCUCCCCAGACCAAAAUGCAUCCAUAUCAAAUUAUUUUGGAUGUAUCUUUUUAAAAAAAUAACCUAUGAAGGAAAUAUUGUGUUUAAAAUGUUAUUAGCUAUCUGGUUGCCUUCAACGCAGUCUUGUCUUUUAAUCCGUAAUAACUGAGCUGGUUGAAAAACAGGAAGGAAAAAUGAGUGCUUCCCCCCGUGAUUUUUCUUUCUCCCUGUUUUUUCAUCAGCAUUUGAAAAAUGUUAAAUUCAAAACAUUGUCAAUUUUGACAACGUGUUUCUAAUUUUGAAAUGUUGACAAAAAUUUUGUCAGCGUCUCAAAAUUUAUAAAAAUUUCAACUAGCCGUUGUCAGAAAUGGGAGACAGGGAGAAAUUGUGAUUAAUGUUUCUUUCAUUGAAAUUUCAACCAGCUGUAUAUAAUAAUUAGGUUUAUGAAACAAAACCAAUAGUAUUUAGCCUCUUGAUGUGAUUUAGUCACAAUUCACUAGCAUCAAAUGCUAGAGCAAUGAGGAUUCUUUUUUUGUUUACUUUUUAAUAGAUAUGGCAGUUGUCAUAUUGCAGAGACAAGCACAAGGGAAGAACUGCUCUGCAGACCAAUGCUCUGCCAGUCCGGUGUUCAGCAAUAGUCAGAUCUUCAAACUUAAUACUGAAGAUGAAAGUCACCUUAAAGCCCACUCCUGGCUAUUAAGCAUGGUACACUAAUACAGGGAUAUGAAAUUGCACCCGAUACCCUUAAUCAACAUGUCUGCUACCAAACU